AUGACGGGCCAGGAGCAGCUCAAGAACGACAUCGAGGCCGAUUCCGACUACAAGCAGCAUGGCGUCAAGAAGGUCGAGGCCGUCACAACGGUCUGGUCAAGCAAGAUGCUCUGGAUAGUCUUUGCGCUCCUAUAUCUGGUCAGCUUCGUCGACGUGCUUCUGCAGUCGGUUCAGGGCAACCUCGUCUCCUACAUUACGUCCGAGUUCAGCCAGCACGGCCUGUUGGCAAUCACCAGCAUCGUCUCCAGCAUCCUGGGCGGUGCUAUCACGCCCACCAUUGCCAAGAUCACCGACAUCCGCGGCCGUACCGAGGGCUUUCUCUACAUGCUCCUGCUCAUCGUCGUCGGCAUGAUCAUGAAGGCGACCUGCCAGAAUGUCGAGACCUACGCCGCCGCCCAGACCUUCUACUGGGUCGGCCACCUCGGGCUGCUUUAUAUCAUCACUAUCAUCCUCUCCGACAUGACGUCCCUGCGCAACCGCAUGAUCAUGAUCUCCGUCAACGGCACCCCUCUCAUCGCCUCGACCUUCGCCGGCCCCAAGAUCGCCGAGUUGUUCUACCUCAACCUCAACUUCCGCUGGGCCUUCGGCGCCUUCACCAUCAUCCUGCUGGCCUUCUGCCUACCUGUGGCCCUGAUUCUGCUCCUCAGCGAGGCAAAGGCCAAGAAGCAAGGCCUCAUCCCGCUGCGGAUGAAGACGCGCAGCCUGGCCGCAUCGUUCAAGUACUACUUCGUCGAGUUUGACGUCGUGGGAUUGCUUCUGCUCACCGCCGGAUGGUCCCUGCUCCUCCUGCCCUUCAGUCUCGUCUCGAGCGCCCUACACGGGUGGCAGAGCGCUACGGUGAUCUGCAUGAUCGUCUUUGGCAUUGUCUCGCUGGGGCUGUUCGUUGUCUGGGAGAAGUUCUUUGCCGCCGUCUCCCUAUUUCCGUACAAGUUCCUCAAGGAUCGCACUGUGCUGGGCGCGUCGUUUGCGUACGGGAUCAUGUUCCUGUCCAUCUUUGUCUGGGACACGUACUAUUACUCCUACCUGCAGGUCGCCCACUUCCAGGACAUCGCCAGCGCCGGCUACAUUCUCAAUACCUUCUCCCUCACGUCGGCGAUCAUCUCGCCCCUUAUCAGCGUGUUCAUCCGCUAUACAGGCCAAUUCAAAUGGCCGACCAUCAUCGUGGGGAUCCCCUUCGUGCUGCUCGGCACCGGCCUGCUCAUCCACUUCCGCACGCCAAGCACAUCGGUCGGCUUCCUAGUCAUGUGUCAAUUCUUCAACGGCCUCGGCACCUCCUUCAUUGCGACCUGUGGGCAGCUAGCCGUGAUGGCCGCGGUGACGCACCAGGAGGUCGCCAUCGCGCUCGCAUUUUUCAACCUGUGCGGCUCCAUCGGCGCAGCCAUCGGCAUGGCCAUCGCUGGCGGGCUGUGGACGAACUUGCUGCGCAACUCCAUCUACGACAACCUGCCGGCGGCGAGCAAGGAGCUGACGGAUGCAAUCUACGCAGACAUGCGGCUGCAGCUGUCCUACGAGAGGGGCGAUCCGAUCCGUGACGCUAUCAUCGAGGCGUAUGGUGAUGUGCAGCGCAAGAUGGUCAUUGCUGGCGCGGCGUUUGUGCCGCUGCUGCUGGGUGCUGUGCUGAUAUGGCGGGAUAUCAAUGUCAAAGAGAAGAGGCAGACUGUGGGGAAUGUGUGGUGA